UCCCUCGUCAUUCUGCUGAAACGCUGCCUCGAGUCCGUCUGGCUCCGCCGCUCGGUCCAGUGCCAGCGUCUCCCCCAAGCUCGCCUUGAUGAGUGCGUCGACGUUUCCAGACGCCUCUGUUGCUCGUGAAUCACAGAGUUCUGACUUCGAGUUGACUAUUCGCCAGCAGCCCGUACGGGCCCGCGUGGCUGGAGGGAAGGAGAAAGAACGCAAACCUGUGGAUCCCCCACCGAUUGUUCAGCUCCGUGUGAGGGAGGAGAGUAGCUACCUCGCACAACAUUACCUCCAGAGCCCGUACUACUUCAUGUGCUGUAGCCUAUACGAUCCAACAGAAGACCAUCCAGUACCCGUGGCUCCUUCGACAGCAUUGGCAGGAACAUUAGUAUCGUCUCUUCAUCGACUGAAAGAUGUGGACAACAAUGAUGGCGGCUUCUUUGUCUUCGGGGAUCUUUCCGUGAAGAUCGAGGGGGAUUUUCGGUUGAAAUUCACCCUGUUUGAAAUGCGAAAUGAUUCCAGGGAUGUUGUCACGUACCUCAAGUCCAUCAUCUCCGAACGAUUUACAGUCUUGCCACCGAAAAGUUUUCCAGGCAUGGCUGAGUCGACAUUCUUGUCCAGGUCGUUUGCAGACCAGGGUGUCAAGCUAAGAAUCCGGAAGGAGCCGCGGACCAUGCUGAAACGGACGAACCCCCGGCCUGAAGAGUUUCAUGCCCCGAUUCCCUCGCGUUCCCCAGAUCGGACAUCGGUGCAGAUUCAAGGUUCUCCCUAUAGCGGCUAUCCUCCGACCAGUCGCGACUAUGGCUACUACAGCGCCCCUGUAAAGCGUCAGCGCACGUCGGAGGAGUAUCCUACCCGGGGCAUGUACGACGCGGAGGGUCGGAUUACACGCCCAAUGGAUGCGUACUCGCAAGCUGCCACCAUGUACCCGGGUCAACCAGGGACAUAUCAGACCCCAAUCAUGCAAGGCUACCCUACGGGGCAUGCUGGGGUUCCAGACUAUGCGAUGUCCUACGGCAUCCCCGCGUCCGCGCAAAUCCCUUCCAUGGGGGAUCCGGGAGCGCAGAGUCGAUCCGCCCAGCAAGCCACAAUGCAACCCAUGGUCCCCGGCCAGCCUGUGAAUCAGCAGGCGACUCCUGUAUGGAACCCGAAUCAUUCAAUAAGGCCUCGAGACAAAAGCUAAAGACUUGGGGUAAUUUUUUUUGUUUCCUGUGAAUAGACUGCGGACCAAACUUUGAUGCAAGGAUAUCCUCGGCCACAAUACCAAGCAAGCUCGACCGUCCUCCCCCCCCUUCAGCAGCAGCGUGGCCGUCCCUAUUCCCAAGGAAGUAACGGUACGGCCACUCGCCCGUAC